AUGCCAGUCGGUGAUGAUUCAGGUGGGCAGCAACAAAGCGGAAGUGGCCGCGAGAUGACAGGCUGCUCAUUGUCUGCCUUCUUGGCCCUUGCACCAGGCUAUACAUUGUUCGCUGCCGGAGACGAAGAAGCACUUCUGUCGAGGAACGACCUUCAACCAAUUGUUGGUCGGCCGCCAGAGGCUUUCGAUGCUUGGCUGCGUGGUGCCUUCUGCAACCCUCGCAGGGUCACCAAUGCGCCCGACUAUGCAACCUGGGGGUUCGACUUUCGGGCCUUGGCAGAUCUGAAAGUCUCUGCCUCGGCGCGGUGCAAGCAGCUCAAGCACCUGCUGAAGGCUCAUGGAGCUCGUGCCUUUUCCUUGAGCGGGACAGACUGCUGA